AUGCCACUGCGGCGCCCGGCUGGGGAGGCCAAAGUGCCUCUCCCUGGUAGACCUCUACAGGCCUUGGUCAGGGGCCACACCGAAGGAGGCUCAGCGCAGCAACCUUAUUGGCCGCUUCCUGCGGCGCCAGCCAGCUGUUUGGGCUGCGCUGCUGAGGCCCGAAUACCACACCUGGCAUUCGCAUACAAAGAAAUUUCACAAGGAGCUGUCGGAGUCCCUUGCCACCAUCGAGGCCUUCGAACUCCCAAGGGACUUCUUUGGGCGCGAGACCAUGGGCUACUUCUGUCUUUGACCUCGGUUCUUUUGUCCCUGAGCCACAAACACGUCCUCACAGCGGUGGAUAUUCGAGAGCCCUGUGAGCUUCCGCACCUCGACGACGCUGCGCAGCGAGCGAGAGAGGUGGAGGCUCUGGCGUAUGCCGAGCCGGUGGAGUAUUUGCGGCAUGACAUCCUGGCUGACGACUUCUUGGAGACCUUACAACAGCGAGUUGAAGAAGUGGGAAGGCCCACAGCCAUCCUCGCCAUGCACUUGUGCGGCCGGCU